GUGGGUAGCUCCGAGUAACACAAAUGAGGCACUGGAAAGUGGCUCAUGACGCAUCCUCAAAAAUGGCGGCUUGACAAUGACAUAAGUCAAUCGUGUUGCCCGUGAAUAACAUUGAAUUCUAGCUUCUUCAGUGUUUAUGGUGUUUAUGUUUUGUCCUGCCACUGAUCAGUGAUUGGGAAAUGGGAGUAAUUAUUAUUAUUUGUAAUGUUUUUUAAUAGUUUGGGUGCUUGUUAAGUUUUAUUAUAGAAUUUUAUAUUGAUCAUACUUGUUACUGCACUAGCCAAGUAAAAUGCAUUUUUCUAUCCCGGAUACACAGGAAUUAAACGAAGGAAAUGGGUCAACAUAUAUCGUAUGUUUAUUUGUUAUGUAUUGAUAACAAAUUGAACUAUCCAAUUAAUUAUUUUGUAGGGCUAUAACAUCCACAUAAAUGGUGUUUUCCACUGUACAGUGCGAUAUAAGCAGCUACAUAACUUACACGAACAACUGAAAAAAGAAUUCGGAAAUGAUUCAGUUCCUUUCUUUCCCCCUAAAAAAUUAUUGCCCCUGUCCAGUUCACAGUUAGAGGAAAGAAGAGCAUUAUUAGAAAAAUAUAUACAGACAAUUGGCCAAGAUUCAAAAUUGGUGACAUCAGAGCUAGUAGUCGGAUUUUUACUCUCAGCACAGCAGGAGACAACAUGUGAGAAGAAGCAAGAUGUAAAUCUAGAUGUAUAUACAAUGAACAAUUAUCAAAUUCCUUUAUGGGUAUCCUCAUUUGAUAGAACUGAACAAGUGCUCACUAAAGUUUUCAAAUACAUUAACUUGCCAUUGGAAUAUCUACAAUAUUUCGCUCUCUAUCUGGUUAAAAAGGAUAAUAGUGGGGAUAUCAUUGUAUUGAGGAAAUUACUGGACUUUGAGUCUCCAUAUAUGGCUCACAAAACACUCAAGGAUUCUAAUAAAGUAGUUUUAAGGAAAAGUUAUUGGGACACAGGCUAUGACUUUGAACUUAUGACAGACCCUGUAGCAUUGAACUUACUCUAUGUGCAAACAGUGACCGAAAUAGAAAAGGGAUGGAUACUAGCCACAAAAGAAACUAAAGCACAUCUGACAACGUAUCAAGUUAGUUUGGCUAAAAGAGAAUAUAUUGAAUUAGCUCAAAAACUGAAAUACUAUGGUUUCAUCCAGUUCAUACCAUGUUACUGUGAUUAUCCCAAAGCACAAACAAAGGUUUUGAUCGCCAUAGGGGACCAAGAGUUGAACAUGAGGGUGUUAGCACCUGGCCAGUUUGUUAAAGAAGGAAGUUUCAAAGUUACUAGGAUGAGGUGUUGGAGAAUUACAGCAACUCAUAACAAGCAAGAAACAGCGAUAAAUAGCCAAUCAAACAGUAACUCCAGCCUGGAGCUGUCAUUCGAGUAUUUAAUGUCAAAAGAUAAGCUACAAUGGGUUACAAUAACUAGCGAUCAAGCAAUUUUGAUGUCAGUAUGUUUGCAGUCACUGGUAGAUGAAUUGCUGAUGAAAAAGAAUGGCGUGAAGAAAAAAUAUUGCCCCGUAAUCAAAGGCAGCUGGUCGUAUAUGAAACGCGAUGGUUCUAGCCAUCUCAUAUCUGUAGAUGACGUGAAUCUCAACGAACAGAUUGCUGAUAUUCCAGAGUCAGGGAGUCAGGAAUCAUUCACAAUAAAGAAGCUCCAAGAGAAAUUUUCUAGUGUGUCAUUUAAAAAUGGUAGAGAAUUUAUUGAGAAUCAUGCAUUUGAAUGUAUAGGUGACGAUGAUUUGUAGUUGAUGUUUUAAUACUGAACUGUUUUUAACUCUAUAAACAUUUAUCCUUACUUAUAUAAAUAAUAAGUAAACUGGUCAAUUUUAUUUUAUCGUGUAAAUAUAUUAACAAUCGGCAGUUAUCAUUAAAAUUAGAGGAAACACCUCUACUGUCCAUUUAAAUGUGCCAAAAUCUAGAUUUGUAAGAUAUUUUACUAAAUGGUCGUUUAUGGUACAUAAUCACAUUUUAUAUGCAAUUCCAAUAUACAAAUUGGAUGAUUGUAUAGAUUUUUUUAAAUUCCGUGACAUUUUUUCGUUUUUAAUAGUACCUGACGUUUAUGUGUAUUAAAAAAUAAUGUUGGAAAACAUUUCUAAUUUGUAAUACUCCAGUUAUAGAACAUUUUAUACAUUAUACAUGAAAUGCGUUUUGCAUAUUGAUAUAUUCUUGAAAUUUUAUACUUAUGGUG